CUUUUUGGAACAUUUAUUGUCAACACAGAGAAAUUAUGCUACAAACUUUCUUUAGAAUUCCUUUAAACAAUACUGCUUUUUGCAACACCUGCUGGUAAAGUGCGGUCAGGAUUCUUUUCAUCUUUUUAUUCACGGCUGAGUUUGUGCUUCUUAUUGACAAGAAGUAGGAACAAUUUCGCUGCGUGCGAUGGGUAUCCAUUCACCGUCUCCAGGGGAUUGUCAAAGCGUGCGUACUAACGUGUGCGCAAUGUUACUUAGAACCUCUGACAAGGACGAGAGGAAACGUAAUUGAUAAAGCGCUAAGUACUUCGCUAUGGUAGACUCGUGCUAAAAUAAUUCAUAAUUUCCUGCUACCGGGCAGAAAAUAGCUGGCUCUACCACAAAGAAUGGAAUCAAAAACUCGAACAAAAAGAAGAAGUGACCUUCCUCGCCAGUAUAACAUCUCGGAGUCUUCCUUCGACUUCGCUGUCUAUCCGAACCUGCAAAAGCGUCGUACUUCGGCCUCAGUUACCGAGAUAAAAGACCUUUACACGGCAUUGCAAGAACUCGUCCCCUCAAAGACGCGAUCCCGUUCAGCGUCUCCAUGCCCGCCCAUCUCAAAGAAGAUAUCAACUUCUUGUGACAGGCGAGACAGAUCAAGAAGUUAUAGCUCCCCAGUGUCACCUAGUCGAAGUAAUUCUAGCUCGCCUCGAAUGAGCAGAUCUGCUAAACGUGGAAUUUCUAAAUCAAAGUCCUGCCAGACAUUGACGAUUCAGAAAAGUUUUGAGCCUUGGAAGCAUUCAACAGUUCAAAGAAGGGCGUCCCUGUCAGGGAGUUUGGCUCGGAGCCCAUCGCCACGUGAGGAAGAUCUGAUGUCACAGAGCGGAUGCGCUUCAAAUGUCAAACGUCGUUCUAUUGGAGGCUCUCUACUUCUGAACGCAUUAGUCAAAUCAGCGUCUUCAUCGCCUAGGCGUAAUUCCCUAGCAGAUGCUCUAAAUAUAAUUGUGCACAAGAAUGAGGUCCAGGAAUUGAUCAAAAACUGUGAAGGAGUAAAAGGAAACGGGAUUGAUGAUCCACGUAGCUCUCUUUUCCGUCACGGAGAGGGAAGGGACAUCCAAGAUCAGAUGGAGAUGUUACUAAGUUCCAUCAAUGAACUACAGAAGGACGCAGGGGAGUACCCCCUAGAUCAGGAAGAACUGCUUCCAGAGUUUACUCGAAGAGGUAGUGUUGGGACAGAGAUGCAGGAGUUACUGGAUGCUUUACGUGACCUUGUGAUCGCUGGGGAAGACUCUCCACUCAGAUCACCAAGUCCGUCUACGUCUUUGUCCGGCUCACAGAGCGAGGUAGCGGAGCUUCCUAGAACGCCAACAGGCCAUAAAGAGUCACUAAAGGACCUCGAGGCCUACUUCAUGGAAAAACUUCAAGGUGUUUCUAAGAAAAGAUCACCGGAUGAUCAAGCUAAAGUACCGGAAAAUAAAACGGAAUUUGUUUCAGUAAGAUCACAAAAUAUCAGGCAUGACCAGAAUGUGAUUACAAGUAAUGAAAUUACAAGUUGUAAGAAUGCAAAGAGAAGCACAGAUACGGUGUAUGUUGGGCCAGGACAACUCUCCAAGCCAACAGUACGCGUCACUUCGCAUGACGAUGAUGAUGAUGAUUAUGGCCAUGAUUGUGAUCAUGAUAAUGAGUAUAUUAUAGACAUAUUUAAGCCUGUUACAAGCCCGGCAGAUACACCCGAAAUUAGUCUUAGCUUCCACGAGAACACGCCGAACAACCAAAGCCCUGUUUCAGAUGUAAAGGCCCAUAGUAGGUCAAUUAGUUCGCUUGAUCUCUUUUCAAGUCCUCAGCGACAGGCCGCUAGAAACAGAGUGAUGUCUGAAGAACAAAGCGCCGCUGUAGCUCGUAGUCGAGCCUUGUGGAAAGAAGAUCAGCUUGUAUUUGCUAAGCAAGUCAAUGAUCGCUUGGAAGCCUGGUUAGCACGAGCAACAGCUUUAUCUAAACAGACAGAACAGGUGGAUCAUGCCAGUGUAAGCGAUAAGACCGAGAAAGACAAGGCCAUUGCUCCACGUAUCAAGCAGUUGCCCAGAUCACAGUCAAGAUUCAACUUCAAGAUGUCAAUGAAAGGACGAACUAAACGCUCGAAGUCUUUAUACAAUGCCUUUGAUCCUGACGCCUUAAACGUGGCGGAAAACAAGCCUAUUCAACAGCGAUCUCCUCAGCCGUUUCGCGCACUCAGUCGGUUCCGCUUGCCUCGAUCGAAAUCAAUGCACUUUCUACAAAACCAGUCUCCUUCACCACCUUCUGUUGCUAACGCUCGCAAGAAAACUAAGGCAUUCAGCAAACCAGAACAGUUAGAGACAUCUAGUGUUGUCCAAAACUCCAGCAACCAAACAAAGAUGUCUGUAAGCUCCGGUAAGAGAACUGGGGUGGUCAAGGGUCCCAAAGUGCGGCGUGCUCUAUCAGACAGAAAAAUGAACUAUCGUACGGAAUGUUCUAGCAAGAUUGAGAACUCGACGUUCGAUGAUAACGCCAGGGUACCGCGACUUCCAAUGGGUUUACCGCUUUUUUACAACCCGACUUCGAAGGAGCCUGUUAAGCUGCAACUUCGCCGCGAGGCAAACGCUUCUGUGCGUAGCGACACCACAAACACCGUAAGGCAUGUGAAACAAGGAGCAUUUUAUACUGUUGGGGUUACCCCGGGGGAUCCUGAACUAGACACAGAACGGCGCUUGAGAAAAGACUUGGAGUUCACUGGGAGGACUAAACAACUAGAUUCAGGGUCACAACAUCUCAUGGACAUCCCAGUAGGGAUAACUCAGUGUUACAACUCUGAUCUGCCCGCUGGUAGAGCCUGUGGUAAUAAUGCAUCAUGGGAAGACUCCAGACCGAUGCGUCAUCUGGGACAUAGCAAUGAAGUAAUCACGUGUUUUUUCCGUGAUGAACCAGGCAAUGUUGUGGAGAAGGAGAGGUUUGGUACCCAUGACGUUGUAGGGGACAGCACAAAGUCUGAAUCGGACGACUCAGGAUGUCCGGGGAACGAGUUCAUGGGCUCCGAUUCAGCAGCGACAUUUCAUGACCAUGCAAAACCCAUAAUUGAGUGCGGACUGGAUACAGACCCUCGUAUGGCAACAAGCGCCGCAGAUCUCUAUGUGAGGACACUAUGCGAUCUCGACUCAGAAACCUUUGAAAUUUAGCACUCACAAGAAAGCUAUCAUCUCAUCAGAAGUAAACAUCACAAAAAAGAUUACCAUAUUUCCAGGGUGUUCUGGGUUAAUCAAAUUGCCGCUGUCAACCAUCAACCAACAGGUCUUUAUAAUAAAAUCAGCAACUCAAGCAAUGCAAGAACAAGUAUAUCCUGACGAAAAGGCGCCGAUCCUUACGAGGUUUACACAGUGUGAAGACACCACAAAAACUAAUCAGUCAACUGAACGCUGACGAGGAUCACGUGGUGCUGAAGAUAUCAGAAGAUAGAGGGUAUGAGUGAUGACGCCGAUCCCUUGUUAUAAAUAAAGUGGCUUAAUGUUUGGUUGUUAAUAAACCAAAAAGAUAUCUCUGAA